AGAGAGUUCGUCUAAGUAAACAAACUACAGUUUCAAAAAACUUUAUGCAGUCAACAAUGAAGUUGUCAGUAGUGAUUCCCUGUCUGUGGCGUUCAUUGUCUGCCAGUAAAUCAGUCAGAACAUUUUCCAUUUCCUCAGUGAUCGAAAACAACUCGAUUGCCAGUGAAAAAUUGAAAUCGCUAGAGCAGCAUCAGAAGGAAGUAAUGGCGCGGGGGUUACCGAAGCGUAAACCAAUACCUGGUGUAAAGAACAUUAUCGUAGUCGCGUCGGGGAAAGGUGGAGUCGGAAAAUCAACCACAGCAGUUAACCUGGCUCUUGGAAUUGUUGCAAAUGAACCUCACGUCCAGGUGGGUUUAUUAGAUGCUGAUGUCUUUGGUCCUUCAAUUCCCAGAAUGAUGAACCUUUCAGGAAAACCGCAGAUCUCGUCAGAUAACCUACUCGUUCCUCUGGUUAACUAUGGAAUUAAAUGUAUGUCUAUAGGAUUUCUAGUGGAGGAAAAAGCUGCAAUCAUUUGGCGUGGUCCUAUGGUUAUGUCAGCUAUAGAGAAAUUACUCCGUCAAGUUGCCUGGAGUCCGGUGGAUUAUCUUGUAAUUGACAUGCCUCCUGGGACUGGUGAUACACAGUUAUCUAUUUCACAAAAUGUGCCAAUAUCAGGAUCUGUGAUCGUGACGACACCGCAGGACAUAGCCCUGCUGGAUGCGAGGCGAGGGGCCGAGAUGUUCCGGAAGGUGGACAUCCCCGUGUUGGGCGUGGUACAGAACAUGAGUGUGUUCAUCUGUCCUAACUGCGGACACCAGGAACACAUAUUCGGGAAAGAUGGCGCAGAGCGAAUGGCGAAAGAGAUAAACGUCCAAGUGUUAGGAAAUAUUCCACUUGAUAAAUCAAUCCGAGAACUGUCAGAUACAGGACAACCAAUAGUCAUAGCCCGUCCAGAUAGUCCGCAGGCAGAAGCUUAUAAAUCGAUAGCAGCGACUAUUGUAAAACAGUUACACAAAGAAAAGACCUAGAAUUAACAUCACCGGUUUGUGUGAACU